UCUCAAAUUAAAGUGUAUAUGACACGAAAUUUUUUUUUUCGUUGAUAGCUAGUUCCAUGUGUAUAAUAAACGGUUUGAGAUUUUAAAAUGAAUGAAACAAAUUUUUUGGUCAAUUUUUAGCCCCCGAAACAUGCCAAAUUUUUGUGUAAAAUUGUUCCCGGAGACUGGGGCGAGAAUUAGACUCGUGACUUCAGGUUGUUUGAUCCUUUGAUUGGCAAGGUCAACAAAUAUCAGUGUUUUCCUUGUAACACGCUGUGAUUACUCGCUUAAUUCUAUCGUUUCACGCUUCGAAAUGUCCAGCGAUUCCGAGAGUAUUGAGUCGUCUGACUCUAUAGAGAGUAUGGAUUGUGGAAUAAGCGACAGUUCUGAAGAGGAAUGGGGAGUUAUCACUGGUGUGAUAGCUCCAUAUCAAGAUGAGCCGCUCGCGGACGAGAACGACGAAGAAACUGGCGUUUCGAGCGAAGAAACCGAUGUUGAUGGACUUACCCCGUCAACUCUGGAGGCUAGAUACGAGAGAACUGUAGACGUAGAUUCCUGGUGUCGCUGCGAGCAAUGUAAUACCGGGACGUUAGUUGGUUCCCUGGAGUUUCGAUGUUGCAGAGAGGUAACAAAUUCAUCUGCAAAGAUGGUUUUUGAUGGUUCCAUUGAACGGAUAAAAUGCAUCACACAACACGAGGACUACGAUGCGAUUACGAACCGCGCAGUUCUUCUCCAAGUGGCUCCCUUGUUGAGAAACCAGGAUGGUGGGACUUACCGUCGCCGAGGUGGAGUCAGAAAACGAGUCAGUACAUUUUUAGUAAAAACAUAAAUAAAAACAUACAAUGUGUAAACUAGCAUAAUCACUUUGCUGGGCAUAAAACAUUAAGCUUCAGAUAAAUCAGGGUAAAUUAAG